AUGAACUUCAGUUCAGUUUUUGAUGGAAAUCUUGGAGAUUACAAGGGAAAUCCUGUGAAGUUACAAAUGUCAGUCUCAAAUAAACCGAAAUUUCUUCGAUAUCGACAAGUGCCUUUUGCACUAAAAUUCAAGGUGGAAGCAGCAUUAAAGGAGUUGGAAGAUGAAGGCGCACUACGCUUAAUACCCUUUAGUGAGUGGGCAACACCGGUUGUACCUAUUAUUAAACCAGAUGGUAGCAUACGCAUUUGUGGAGAUUAUAAGUGCACAGUGAAUCAAAUGAUUUGCAAGGAAUCGUAUCCAUUACCUACUAACACAGAAGUACUAGCAACAUUAGCAAAUUGUAAGUGGUUUACAAAGCUGGACUUAGAUCGAGCGUAUACACAGGUGAAGGUUGACCAAGAAUCAGUAAGGAUACUUUCACUAAACACACAUUGCGGACUUUUUAAAGUUACAAGAUUACCGUUUGGAAUUUCAACGGCACCAGGUAUUUUUAUACGGGUAAUGGAAGGAGUUCUUAAGAACAUAGAUGGUGUGAUUAUAUAUUUAGACGACAUUCUAAUUGGCGGAACAACUUUAGAAGAGUUGUGGGAUAGAACACGAACUGCUCUGAAAUGUGUACAGGAUGCAGGAUUGAAGCUUAAAAAAGCAAAAUGUGUUUUCGCGGUACAAGAGAUAACAUUUUUGGGGCUUAAGAUAAGCUGA